AUGUCUCUCCUUCACCUACCUACCGAGCUCGUUCUUAUGAUUGAGAGCGACCUAGAUUCCCUAAAAGACCUCAAUUCCUUGACUCGCACGAGCCCGCGAUUUGCCCUCAUGUUCGACGACAAGCUGUACAAGAACCGUACAGCACAUCAACACGCUUACAUUAUCCUAUGGGCAGCCAAGCGAGGCCUCCAUGGUACAAUUUACAAGUGCCUGAAUGCCGGUGCUAAGAUCACACGCCGAGAUAGAUUCAGGUCUCAUUUGGCCGAUCGCGAUGCCCCCGAGGUUUUGAACGUCAUCCCACGACACCCAAAAUCACACCCUUUGACCGCAGCAGCCGAAAUCCGCUCGCUGUCUUGCACCCAUCUUCUCCUUGACCAAGGCGUCAAUCCCAACUUGAUCGACGAGCACUAUGAAACUCCGAUGAGACAGGCCGCAGGAAAUGGCCACGUCCACAUUGUUGAGCUGUUGCUUUCCCACGACGAGGCCAUAUUCACCGGUGCAUUCAAGCUACGACGACCUCUGAAAAUUGCUGCAGCUCGCGGUCAUUUACCCGUACUCAAAGCUCUCAUCUCUUUCCUCGAGCGUAAGGAUCGGAACCUCACCGUCAAAGACGCUGCGCAGAUCAUCCUGUACGAGGGACUCUGGCACCGCAAAAAGAAUGUCGUCACAUAUGCACUCGAAGAGGGCGCGGAUGUGAAUGACGAAAAUUCAGAGUUCGUGUUGCGGUUUGCUCCUGAUUUGCGUCCAGAUGAACUCCCCGAGAGACCUCGACCCAAGCUACUUCAAGGACACAAGAUUGGAGUGAACAUUCGAGGGAUUAUCACCAAUGGUUGGUCACACCACACACCAAAUACACUCCACGCUGCCCUCCUCGGUGGUGACGGGGAUCUAGUUCAGUUGAUCCUUGACUAUGGUUUUGAAAUGGCUCGGGUUAAGCCCAUCCUGCAAGACGCAAUUGUUCAGGAAAAUACCGAAAUCAUCUCUCAAUUGACAAACCUGGGGGUCACGCUCACCUCUGAAAUGUUUCAGAGGUCUCUUGAUGGUAUCCAUCCGGAUUUGAGGGAUUUCCUGAAGACUCGCAUAGGCAAAAUCAUGGAAGAACUAGGACUCGAGACUUGA